AUGGAUUUCAUGAAGGUCUUCGAUCAAACAGUUCGAGAGAUAAAGAGGGAGGUGAAUCUGAAAGUUUUGAAGGUUCCUGAGAUGGAGCAAAAGGUAUUGGAUGCUACAGAUAAUGAGCCUUGGGGUCCUCAUGGUACUGCAUUGGCAGAGAUAGCUCAGGCCACAAAGAAAUUCUCCGAGUGCCAGAUGGUUAUGGGUGUUUUGUGGACUAGACUGAGUGAGACAGGAAAGGAUUGGCGAUAUGUGUACAAGGCACUGGCUGUCAUUGAUUAUCUGAUUUCAAACGGAUCAGAGCGAGCGGUUGAUGAGAUUAUCGAGCAUACUUACCAAAUAUCUUCACUCACGAGUUUUGAGUAUGUUGAACCAAAUGGAAAAGAUGUGGGAAUCAAUGUGAGAAAGAAGGCGGAAAACAUAGUCGCUCUCUUGAACAAUAAAGAGAAAAUCUCAGAAAUCAGAGACAAAGCAACAGUGAAUCGUAACAAGUACGUUGGGCUCUCAUCAACAGGAAUAACAUAUAAAUCUGGUUCAGCUUCAUCUUCGUUUGGUGGUAGUUUUCAAAGUGGUUCAAGCAAUUAUGACAGCUACAAGGAUUCCAGAGAAGAAGACAAGAAUGACUACGAGUCUUUUCAAAAGUCAAGGCGCGGUGUUAAAAGUGAAGAGCAAGGCUACACUUCCAAGAAAAGUUUUUCACGCUAUGGCAGCACGGACCAUGAUAAUCUAUCCAGUGGAAAAAAGUCACCCGACUCUGGCAAACAUAGUUCCAUACCUUCACAUGCAUCUGCUGCUCCUUCAAACAACGAUGAUGAUUUUGAUGAUUUUGAUCCACGUGGAACUUCCACCAAUAAACCUUCCACAGGCAGUGCCAACCAAGUGGAUCUUUUUGGAGGAGAUCUGAUUGGUGACCUCUUGGAUUCUGGGCCAACAGAAACAUCUCCCACCAACAACAAUGGGAAGUUUCAAGAGGCGGACCUGUUUGCUGAUGCAACUUUUGUAUCAGCCUCAGCUCAAGGAACAGAAUUUGGGUCGCAGACACAGGAAGAAGUUGAUCUUUUCGCUGCGUCUGAACCUUCAGUCACAGUUUCUUCACCACCUCCGACGGUUGAUCUUUUUGCAUCUCCUGAAUCAGUUGCACCCCCAGAAGCCAAGAUUCCUAAACCAGAGUCUAUGAGCACUCCAAACAUUGUUGACCCAUUUGCUGCAGUUCCUAUGGAUAAUUUUGAUGGAUCAGAUCCUUUUGGUGCCUUCACUUCUCACUCUGCUUCAGUCUCUACAGGCCCACAGGCUCCAGUCGUACAUGGGAGUGCAACAAACACCACAAGCCCACUGUCUUUUAUGGAUACUAAGCCACAACAGUUGCAAAAGAAGGAUUUCCAGGUGAAAUCUGGUAUUUGGGCAGAUUCGCUGAGCCGUGGACUAAUUGAUCUCAAUAUAACUGCUCCCAAAAAAGCUUCACUAGCUGAUGUGGGCGUUGUGGGUGGCCUGAGCAAUGACGAAGGAAACAAAGCAUCUGCUGCUUCGUACUACUCAGGGUGGUCUAUGGGCGCAGGAUCCGGGCUCGAUGAUUUCUUCUCCAGCCUCAGUAACCAAAGGUACCAAUCUGGAGGCUUUAAGCAGUGA